AUGCCGGCACCCAGUAAUCGUCGCAAUGCCAACCGUGCUCGAUGCCAAUUUGCUACUUGUGACAAGUUUGCCCAAACUCGGGGUCUGUGCAAGGCACAUGGAGGUGGUUCUCGCUGUCGUGACCCGCAGUGUAACAAACUCGCUCAAAGUCGCGGUCUGUGCAUUGCUCACGGUGGAGGUCGUCGCUGUCAAUUCGACGACUGCAAAAAGCUGGCCCAGUCCAAGGGGUACUGCAUUUCGCACGGUGGCGGUCGUCGCUGCACCGUUCCAAACUGUGAAAAGUUCUCACAAGUCAAGGGCCGCUGCAAGUCUCACUCCAAAGUUUUGACAACUGAUGCCUACUCACCGUCUUACGGUGUCGUUACUCCUUCAAGUUCAGCUGGCACGAUCGCUAUCUCCCCCACUAGUGCCAAGCUCUCGAUCGACUUUCUGCUUUCACGCAGCACAUCCAUUGGCGACAAGGCUCCGUCCCAGGAGCAGAUGAAGAUACCAGCUCUGCGCCCCGUUACGCAUUUUGCUCACCCGUUCACGGCCGGUAUAGGCUGUAGUUCCCGAUAUGACGCACAGAUGUUAGGUAACCAGCGCUCAUUGCUGUCGUUCCUUGAGCCUCAUAGCACAGUUCCGGCUUACACUGCACCGCAGCCUCAGUAUGCUGCUAUUCCGGUAUAUCACAGGCCAUCGAUGCUGCUGCCGUCGCGUAUGAUGUACCGCUAA